UUUCCUAGCGCCUCUCUCGAACGCCCCCGCCCCGUUCGCUCUUCCUUUUGCUCUAUUCUUUCACAACACACGCAUCACACUCACGCACGCACGCACACUUACACAGCAUCCAUAUCAUGAUGUCCAAAUCCCAUAUCUCAUAUCACAGCCAUCACCUUGCUGCAGCUGCAGCAACGAUAGCUUCCCCACUCCCUUCACCAGCCAUGACUUUGAAUGACAGCAUUAACCCCUGGGCUAACAUUAUCACCCCCUCAUCCCCAGCACCAACCCUCUCUACCCCAACAGGUGUCCUCGCCAAGGACCUUUCUACUCCAUCUGUAGUAUAUUCGAGCAGCACUCAGCCCACUAUCUCCUUUGAUGGCAGUAGCCAACCCAAGAAUGUCAUCAAUGAUGUUUUCCUGUCUUCUACCAUGCUCUAUGAUGACGUUGAACUAUACUCGAACGAAUCCUCUUCUAGCUGUUUCGAUAGUGACUCUGACUCUGGCUUUAGCACACCCACUCAUCAUGAUGAAGAACAUCCUAUGACGCCUAUGUCUCCAUUCAUGGAAAGUGAGACUGAAGAUCGUCUAUAUGUUGCCGAGGAGUGUGCAGAGUCUGUGGACAUCACCGAGUCUCAGGAACAACAACAGUCAGAAGAGGGGGAGUGUAUGUCAGCAUGCGAAGGUAAUAAAAAAAUAACCAAAACCAGAAUGAUCUAUUGUUGCACUGCUACUGUCUACUGCUGUGUUUUCUUUUCCCAGCAAAUGGCUGUAUUCCAAUCCUUUAUCCCCCGCACUAUUUUGCAAUAUAUUUAUUUUAUGUUGUUUCUGUAUGACCAAGCUUUUGAGUUCAUGAGUUGGAUUUGUCUAUUUUCUGGACAUCUUUUUUUAUCGCAUCCGCACGCUUUGUGCUCAAUUUUUUUUUUUCUCUCUGUGUAAAAUGUAAAAUGUAAAAUGUAUCUCCAGCCAUAUGUGCAACAUGUACAUGUCUUUGUAUUCGAUUUGAUUUGAUUUGACAUGACACCACGACACGACACGACACGAGCUCCCCCUACCUUUCCCUCUCUCCUUGUGUAAAUGUUCCGUCUUUCUAUGUAUUUUUGGUGGCAUUGGCUGCUACGUGUCUGCAUAUCCCGUCGUUUCGUCCCAUUCCC